UUGGUCUCUUUUUUAUUUUAUUUAAUAACUACUUCAAUCCGUUUACAUCCUGCUGUUAAUCGCUGGUUUGCUUCGGUUUUAAUCCAGAUUCCUGAUAUUAGAGACCCGAUAGGACGAGCCCAGAGAGUGGCACGUUUCCAGGGGUGUAGCAGGAACCACCGUACUCGAUGACCUUCCAGCGCGAUGUCAGAUCGUUUGGGGCAAACUGCAAAGGGGAAGGAUGGAAAAACCAAGUAUUCAUCGCUCAACCUCUUUGAUACCUACAAAGGAAAGUCCUUAGAAACCCAGAAACCCGUUGUUGCCCCUCGUCAUGGCUUGCAGAGUCUCGGUAAAGUUGCUUCAGCUCGGCGCAUUCCGCCCCCAGCCAACCUGCCAAGUUUGAAAGCCGAGAACAAAGGAAAUGACCCCAACGUUUCACUAGUACCUAAAGACGGAACAGGAUGGGCAAGCAAGCAGGAAACGCCAGACCCAAAGAGUACCGAUGCAUCGUCAGUACAGCAGCCGGAAUUGCAGCUGCCUCCGGCUUCACAGACGCCUGCGUUGAACCAGCCGAAACCAUCCCCGGCACCCGAGAAUCCGGUUUCUUCAGCAGCGGCAGGCGUAGCAAAAUCCUGGGCGCAGGCCAAUGUUAUACAUGGAGCACAAGGAGAUGGUGGAAAGGGAUCAAGCCAACCAUCGCCAUUCUCUCGCGAGGAAUUUCCCACCCUGCAGGCGGCUGGAGACCAGGACAAAGCUGGCAGAGAACAGGACAUUGCAGAUCUGUCGUAUGGGCCAGGACCAAGCCUCCGCCCCCAGAACGUGACGAGCUGGCGGGAGGGUGGUGGUCGUGCGCUGAGCUCGGUCACACCCGGAGAGGGGGGGGAGCUGUGUGCUGGGGUGGGAGGGGAGAUGGUGGUGGAGGGGGGGCAGCCCGGUGUCCCUGUGCAGAGAGGCCCUGAGCAGCAACAGCACCACUCCAGAAACAACCCCCCAACACCCACCCCAGCUGCCACUGCAGGCCUGGCACUGCCUCUGCCACCACAGCAUGGAGUCCCGCCUCAGUUCACGGCCUACCGAGGCAUCAUGCCUCCUUUCAUGUACCCCCCCUACUUGCCUUUCCCUCCCCCAUAUGGGCCCCAGGGACCCUACAGAUACCCCCCACCGGGAGAAGCACCCAGGUUUGCUCGUGUGCCAGAUAGAGGGGGAGGUCCCAGGCAGUCCCAGCAUCCCUCGCGGGCCUCGGAGGUGGUCAAGCGUCCCUCCAUCCUCAAACAGGACGACUUGAAGGAACUGGAUGAGCUGGACCACGACAUGGAUGAUGGCUGGGCAGGAGCUCACGAGGAGAUUGAUUACUCGGCCAAGCUGAAAUUCAGCGAUGAUGAGGGGGAGGAAGAGAUGGAGGAGAAAGGAGACAGUAGUAAUGCAAACUGGGAGCGCCAGCGUUCUCGCAGCUCCGACAGCGGGGGGAACAGCCGCAGGGGCACCCCAUGCGAAGAGCCACCCCAGGCCAAGCCUGCCUGGGGAGACGAGACGGGGGAGCAGACCCCCGCACCCCAGCAGCACAGGCAGGGGGGAGGUGGGGUAAACAGGGGACAUGCCAGCGACUACCAGGGUCGCAGGGCAGGUGUAGCCCCUCCCCAUGAGCAGCAGUCUCCGCCCCCUCAUGGCCCUCUGACUGUCCAGGGGCCGCAUGGGUACUACAGACAAGUUCCGCCCACACACAGCGUUCCACAGGAGAGGUCCACUUCGCAAGCAGUGUCCACCCCUGUCCCUGUGCCAGGCCAGGCAGUGGCGGCCCCUCUCCCCGCCUCAGGGGGCUCUACAGCGGGGGUGGCACCGGGUUCAUCACCCUCAGCGGGGGCUCCAGGAACAGGAGGUGAGGAUGAAGAUGAGACCUGGCGCCAGCGCAGGAAGCAGUCCUCCACGGAGAUCUCUGUUGCCGUGGAGAGGGCGCGCCGUCGCAGGGAGGAGGAGGAACGGCGCAUGCAGGAGGAGCGCAGAGCCGCCUGCGCAGAGAAGCUGAAAAGGCUGGAUGAGAAGUUUGGGGACAAGCAGCCGCAGCCGCAGCAGCCAGUACAGCGACCAGAGAGGGUGUCCUGUGCUGGGAGUGAGGAGGCGGGGGAAGGAGGCAGUACAGCCAACACCCCCAGUCCUGUCCCCCCAGCCUCGGAGAGCGAGAGGGAGGGGGAAGAAACGCCACCUGCUGGAGUGGUCAGCUCUAAUCACAGGCAGAGGGCCAGCAGCAGCAGCAGCUUUGAAUCUAAUCCUGCCGAAUCACAGCCGGCACCCCCUGUCCCUUCAGAGCCAGCAGAGAUGACGAAGGAGGAGCCGGGCAUCCCCAGGAGCGUGGAAGGUUCAAAGGUCGAGACAAUGUCACAAGCUCGGCAGCCAGUCUCGACACAGGGCUACUCCAAAUAUCAGAAAUCCCUCCCGCCGCGAUUCCAGAGGCAGCAGCAGGAGCAGCUCCUCAAACAGCAGCAACAAUGGCAGCAGCACAGCCAGGUGGCACAGAGCCAGCUUCCUCCUCCACCCCCAUCCCUGCCCCCGCAGGGUGCACAGCAGCAGGGGGGUCCCGGGGCAGGCAUGCCUCUCCCUGCACCCCCACAGGGAGCCCCCAAACAGCCCAUGUACCCCCCCGGAUCAAUUGGCAGGCCCCCGCCCAUGGCACACAUGAACUUCGACCCGCGCUGGGUGAUGAUCCCACCCUUCAUGGACCCUCGAAUGAUGCAGGGACGCCCGCCUCCUAUGGACUACUUCCAGGGCAACAUGCACCCCUCUGGUCUGAUGGGUCGAGAACGUUCGGACAGUGGUGGCUCGGGCUCCGAACCCUUUGACAGACACCCCUCUAUGCUCCGGGAGCGCGGGACUCCCCCCAUGGACCCAAAAUUGGCCUGGGGGGCCGAUGUGUUUGGUGCGCCGAGUGAGUGUCGCCCCCUGGGGUCUCCUCUGAGACAUGAGGAUGAUGACAAAGUGCUCAGGAGUGACACUCCUCCAGUCAGCCUGCGCGAUGGGGGCAUGCCUCCCCCAUCUCCGACUGCUGCCCCUCCUCCUAACACUGCUACUUCCCAGCACCCACACCACCAUCGCCACCAACACCCCCCACACCCCCACCACCAAUCCUACCUGGGAGGCCGCAGCUACCAGCCUUUCCCCGAAAACGGGGGUGGAGGGAGAGGCCCUCAAAGGGUGCACCGCUACUCCCACGAGGAAAGUUCCAGGGGUGGGAACACGCAGCCAAACCUCUGGGGUACAGCAACUCUCCCGCAGAGCUCAGAGAAUGUCAGAAGCAGCGGUGGUGGACGUAUUCUGGAUUUGAUCCCAGAUCAACAUAAAGUUCAGCAGCACCAAAUAAUAAUUCAGCAGCAUCCGCAGCAAUCAGCAGUAGCUGCAGUUCCUUCCCAGUCCUCUGCUUCACUGUCUGUAUCUGCGUCCUUAACUUCAUCAGCAUCCUCUGCUGGGGUUGCUGCUGCUGGGGUAUCUGCUGCUGCUGUUUCCUCUUCGAGGGAAAAAAACACAGAGGUCCGAAAGCCCGAGAGUGGUCGCGAAACUGCAGCAGGAAAGAAAGCAGACUCUUCUUCAUCGUCCUCCCGGGAUGAGGCCAGUGCUGUUUCCAGGCAUCCAGAGGAACUGGGAGGCAGGAGGUCUGAUAAAGGUGCUGCUCCUGGCACCACCACCUCCCAUCACUCGCACGCCCACAAGCCACAGCGCGGCCGUGAGCAUAAAACUGAGACCCACUGGGGCCCGCGGCCUGGCACCUCAGCUAACAGCAGUAGGAGAGGUGGAGGGGGAGGAGGUGGUGGGAGUAGUGCAGUCGAUGAAACUAACCGGGUAACCUCUGGAGGAGAUAAGCACCUUCACAGCCAGGGCAGCAAGCGGGCAGGGCCGAUCAAGCGUCCCAUCGUGAAGGAAAUGAAGAGGGAGAGAGAGGGAGGAGGGGGAGAGGCAGCAUCAGAGGAGAAAGGGGCUUUGAAAGAGAAAGCAGAGCAUCAACAGGAGCAAGCAUCGUCACAGUCGAACUCUCAGCAGCAGCCCAAAUCUGCAGCCCCUGAUUCUUCUACCAUUGCAUCUGCUGAUGCUUCUACUACCAGUUCCACUACCACUGCUGCUACUAUAAGUAACGCUCCGUCUUCCAAAGAUAGGGAUCAUCAGAUAACUAAAAACAGCAGUGUGGUCAAAGACCGCCCGGGGAAGUCUGUAAAGGAUGGAGAAGGGGGUUUUGCUUCUGUGACCCGCCGAGAGCGGGACAGAGAGAGGGAGCGCUCUUACGACAGGGGAAGCUAUUCCAACUCUGCCAAAGGCAACCGAGGCAGCAGGGGGAGAGGCAGCGGGGAGUUCUAUGGCCGAGGCAGAGGUUUCCGGGGCACCUACGGAGGCAGCCGAGGUAGGGCUGGGGGCAGGGGCAGCCGGGAGUACAGAGGAGGGGGUGGGGGUUACCACCAAGACUCCUACAGAGGAGAAAAUGGAGGACGGGGCCGACUAGCUCAUCCUCAUCACUCUUCCAGCUCUGGGAUCAGGGCCCGUAACCACAGCGAGACCAGAAGCGAGGGCUCGGAGUACGAGGAGGUGCCCAAGCGCAGACGGCAGAGGGGCUCCGAGACCGGCUCUGAAAGUGCAGCCAGUGACGUGGCGCAUUCCGACAAGGAGGAACGCAAGACUACCAGAACUGGCACUGCCAACCAGCAGCCGACACGCGAAAGCCAGCCGUCGACCCAACACUCCACCUCACAGCCAAGUUCAAGAGGACCAGGGGGCAGGAUCUUCACACCCAGAGGAGUGCCGUCCCGUAGAGGGAGAGGGGGGUUGUACAGAGGCGGGCCAGGCAGCAGACAGCCCCCUUCUGCUUCCUCAAAUAGCGGUUGGGGGCAAGGUCCCAAAUCUGCAACCUCUUCCUCCUCUACUGCUAGGAAGCAGCAUCAACACCCUCCUGCUUCUAAUCUGCAGCAAGCAACAAUGCAGUCUUCAAAAGAAAACAAGGCUGAUAAAAAGACAGAGAAAAGCGAGCAAGCGCUAUCAACAACACAGCAGCAGCCUCCAAACACAAAUCCCAAUUCCAAUCCGCCGGCAAUCCCUCCAACUGCUCGACCCUCCUCCCAUCCUCACCUGGAAGGCUCCAGGUUUCUCCCCCGACCUUUCGAAAGGCCCCCGCGCAGGAGACGCCACGGCAGGUCCCAGCACCAACAGGACAAGCCCCCCCGCUUCCGUCGCCUGAAACAAGAGCGGGAGAAUGCGGCACGCAUGAACGGGGAGCAGCGCGACGCCAGCGGGCAGCAGCCACCGCAAAUUCCCCCAAUCCACCAUACAAUUUCGUCUAACUUGCAGCAGAAUGAAAUGGGAGGUGUGAGUGGGGUCACAUCUGUCUCUUCCUGUACUGCCAAUAAUAAUAAUGACAACGUUCAUAAUAACCACAGCGGCCACAACCAUCACCAUGCACCGCAGCAGCAUUACCAGCAGCAUCACCAUCACAUGUCCAAGGAGGCUCUACGCAGCCCUAUCGGAACCAAAUCUCCAGACCUAUCCAACCAGAACUCGGACCAGGCCAACGAGGAAUGGGAGACGGCUUCUGAAAGCAGCGACUUUGCAGAUAGGCGAGAGAGAGAAGGGCCGUGUGGGGGUGGCGGCAGGCAUUACCAUCAUGGUGGAGGGGGUGGACCCAGAGGAAACGGAGAGCUGUCCAAAGAAGCGGCGGCGGCAGCAGCAGCAGCAGCAGCCAAGCGCAGUUUCUCAAGCCAGAGGCCCGGCAUGGAGAGGCAGAACCGGAAACCAAACACAGGGGGAGGGGGUGGCAGAGCGGCCAGGGGAACAGCUGGGGGCCCUGGCAAUGGCAGUGGUAACCGCGGCGACAAGCGCAACUGGCCGUCGCCCAAGAAUAAAAAGCCCGUGGAAGAUUGCUCCCCGAUUCUGAGCGCUCCAAUCCCACCCACCUCCAGCGCUGUGUAUCGACUGGAUCAGAUGGUGCCCUCGGACCCCUCCGCUAUCCAGCGUGCAAUCGCUGAGGUGCAGGGGCGCCAGACCCCACAAUACAAACAUCACCCAGACUGUGAUGGCGAAUUCAGCAGCUAUAAAAGCGAGAGAAGCAGAGGGUUCAGUCAGCUCCCUGACUGCAGAGGGAGAGACAGGAGCUUGAAGAACGAGGACCUGCUGCAGAAAGCAUUGCGCACUCUGCAUUCUGCUGCUCCGGGAAUGCACAGCAAGCCAGAAGAGAGCCUCGAUCUAUCACAGCUGAACAAUGACAGCUUAGGAACCCGUCACUGGAAAAGCUCAAACACAGAUUCCUUGACUGUGCCUUCUGCUGCGGACCAGUGGCUCAGACCUGCGGACCUGUUUGAAGACAGCUCUGAGGUGAGUCAGGCAGACAGCGGGGUGGAUGUUAGGAGUGAUGUCACCGAUUGUUCAAGCACCUCCAGCCAGAGGGACUCCCCUCACUGCAGCGUGGCAGCGCCACACCUUCCUCUGCUGGAGAUCUGCGGCACUGCACCCCCGGGGAGGCACCCUGCACAGCAAGGCAGGUUUCAGCCGAGUGACAAGCAGCACCAGCAAGGCGCGUACCAGGCCCGAUGGGCACCCCAAAGCCCAGCUCAUACCCGGAUCCAGUCCUCCUGUGCAGUCUCCUCCAUGCCUCUCCACUCCAGCACUGUCUGCUCCCUAUCUGCACAGCCCUACCGGUUCUUUCAGCCCAGCUCCAGCCCUGUGCCCUCGGUGAAGGGGGCUGGGUGUCCUGUCAGCCCCCUGGCCACUCCCCCUGCAGAGAUUGGCAAGGGUGUGUCCUACCCUGGAGCCAGCUAUCUCUACCACCCAGCCCAGUUCGUGGACACGCGUCUGCUGCAGGUGGUCCUGGUGCCCAUGAUGGAUUGUCCGAGGCUUUCGAGGUACGGUGCGGCCCAGCAGCAGAUUGGGGGUCCCCUACCUCCCCCUCCCCCAGCUUCAACACUACACCCCCUGAGCCCAGUGGAGCUCAGCCCAGCACAGAGCUCCCUCCCCCUGCCUCAGGGGAGAUUCUACAGGCCUGCUGCUCAGCUGGGAGGUGCAGAGACAAGCUCACAGGGAGGCGCCUUGCAAAGAAGACCCUUUGAGCUCCCAACCAAUCAAAUGGUCUUGGGGAGGCAGGGGGCGGAAGAAAGGGUCCCCCCUGUAUCCAGAGAUUGGAAGCAGACAGCAGAGAGCGAGACCAAGACAACAAAGCACCAUCCACCACACACCAAAUAGAGAGAAAGAGAGAGAUAGACUGACACCCACUGACACCCACUCACACACACACUCAGUGCUCUGUCUGUAGUGUUUAUAAGGAUGUUGCACCAUCUACCUUGUAGAUGUAAUAUUCAAAACUCAGAGGGCCAUGGAUCAAACUGGGGCAGAAGUAAAUCUUUCUUUGACAGAUGUCCAGACAGACAGAUAGGGAGACUGGCUAACACCCAUAGACACCACACACACACACACACACCAAGCAGUCAGACAGACAGACAGUAAAAGUGACAGACACACAGGUGGACACAAGAUUCCAGACGGACGCACUGACAAGUGGACAAAGCUUUAGAAAGCUGUUUUAUUUACUUUUAUUAGAAAUACUAAGAAAAUACAAGGAAAAACAUACAAGUGAAACUAAAUAAAAUAAAAAGCAGUGUCCAGAUUCACCGUGUUGCAUCUGUAUCUGUUCUGCUGGAGUUUGAAUUUUGUGUCUCAAAAGAAAAAGCGAACAUGUUUGAUCAGUAAAAGUUGGUUGUUUUCA